UGAUGGUGUGCGAGAUCGGCGCGCGGCAUCUGGAGCUCUCCUCUCACACUGCGCUCACCGGGCACAGGCUUGUCGUGCUACCCGCCACAGCCUGAGGGAGAUCGAAACUUUCGCAAUGCCUAUUCGGACUCCCAGUCAACUCGUCGAGGAGUACAAACGGUCGGGCGAAUAUGAUCGCCUUCGCAGGAAGAUCCUGGAAGACUUCGAGAACGGGAGUUCCGCGCCCGCGUUCCUCGAGAAAGUGGAAGAGAUCGCGCGGAAACGCGUCGCCACAGACUACCGCGUGAAAUCCAUGGCUCCCGAGAUGGCACACAAGGAGCUCAUGCAAGAAAUCGCAAGGUACGUGUGCUCCGGUUUCUCGACGACACCGCGGUGUACGCUGUGACCCCGUAUGCGGCAACCCGCCUUUCUAGAUUCACGUUUGUCGAACGCGCCGUCGAGGACCUACCCGCACUCACGGACCCUGCGACGAGCGAGUCCAUCCGGUCCUCGCUCAAGAAAUUCCUUGGAGAAGGUGACCACGACCCAGACACGGCGACUUCGUCUUCACGCCGAGAACCUAAUAGUUUACCUCCGAAACCUUCGGUAGUGUCCGAAAGUAGCCGGAACGGCAGGACGACGCCCGAAAUGGCGCCGGCGUCGGAACCGAUGGAUCGCGCUGCGGACAGACCGACGACCAUCAGGAUGCCGUCCGGCCCGGUGCUGCUCGCACAUCCGCUACCCGCAAAACCAGUGACGACGAUGAUACCGUCCGGCCGCUCGCAGCGGUCGCGUACGCCAUCCACUCCUGCUGCCAGGAACGCGUCGCCAGCAGCGAUAUAUGCGCAGCCUGAGGAAACGCCGGACGUUGCGGUGUUCUCUAUGCCGAUGGACGACGUAGAGUCGCCGAAGCCUGCGGAGCGGGAGGUCUCACCCGAACCCGAACCUGAACCACUGGAAGAUGAAACGGCGGCGGACGAAGAAGAGGGGAUGGAUAUUGAUCGGGCAUCACCUGGAGAAGGCGGUGACUCCUUGCCGCCACCCGCUGCGAAUCUCGGAGCGGAUUUACAAGAGGCUGCUGACGCUGUUCUUGCUGACGAAGUUGCCGAUACGCACGAUGACGCCGGCCGCUCUGACGCUCACUCCAUGGAUGUGGACGAGCGAGAGUUAGAUCAGCCACGCUCGGUUGCGCCUGCCGAAAAACCGGACACCGAUAUCACAGCAGAUUCCGCGAUACAAAUCGAGUCUACUGUGCAAUUCGAACCGCCCGUCGCUUUAGGCGAUGUUGUUGGGACCCCGACGGAUCCGACAGAGGUUCAGCAAUCGAGCGUUCGAAACGCUGAGAUCACUUCCAGUGGCGAGGUUAACGUAUCAGCGGCUACAGAUGUUGGUCACUCAGACGCGAUCUCUACGACCGUCACGCCAGAGGCGCAACAUCCCGACGAUCCGGUCGGCGAAUCUGCGACUGCGGUGGCCCCCGCCCCCGCAGAGGUCGUCACCUCCUCCAAUAUCAUGUCCACCACGGCGGCUCGACAAACGGACGUUCCGAGCGUCGAGGUCACGUCGCCUGGCGGCGCUGCUUCGGCGAUCGACAGCGAGGCUGAGCAUGGUGAUCCUCCCCCGGCGAUCACGAACUCGACAUGAUUUGCGAGCUUCCGCAGGACCCACGGCGCGCACGUCGAUGGUUAGCCGCAAGAUAGGCUGAAUCUGAUGUGCAAGUCUAUUGCGCUCGCUUGCUGCGACGACAACGGUGUUGGCAGAGACCUUCUUUGCUGAACAUUUGAGUCGCAUAUCGGAAUUUUCUCUGACAUUAAGUCUAUGAACGUGGUCGCUUCCUGCGGCCUCUUGUCGACCAUUUGACACGCGCCCAUCGAAGCCCUCUGACCUCAAGUCUGACCUCAAGACUACUGCAGUCGCUCUAGUGUGGCGGAGGUGCACCUGCCGAACGUAUUCCACGGGCACAUCGAAUUGAUCUGCGAUGCGAGCAUACAGUCGAAGGGGUGAACGUUUGAACAACGAUUUCUCGUUGGCCGACCGAUACCGCUUCGCUGUUUCCUGGAUGCGUUACGGUCCUUGUAUGUUGUUCCCAACUCCCGAAGCAAGGAAAUGCCAUCGCUUCAGGUUCCUCUCUAGCAUUUAUCACUACCGUGCGCCACAUUCGCCCUUGGAUGUUUCCCCAAGUGCGCCACCGCCGAUGAUCGAU